CGCAAAACGGCAACGCCGGGUGGUGAAGGCUUAAAAGACGGCGGCCAACAAGGGCGGCGUCUUUGCCGAAUUUCCUACCUCUUUUCUUCGCCCUCUUAUAAAUUCACACCAAAAUGGACACCCUUCUCGCACACGUCCGCGUUUCACCAGGAAACCAACCACCACCUCAGUUACCGCGUUUAGAACCAAUGGAGUUCUCCGGCAUACCCGACCUGCAGCAACAGCUCUAUCAAGUCCUGUUUGAUGCAUGCUCGCAGGACCCGGUACGUAUGAUGCCCGCCUCUCGACGGCUUCCCGAGCUCGAGAAAGAGAAGGGCGCGUUCUAUGCCAUCUAUCAGAUCGCAGCCGAGAAGAGCGUAUCGACCUCAGUCAGGGAGAUGGCCAUGAUCAGGCUGAAAAAUGAGAUGAUUUCUCACUGGAGGAGCAAUGUCCUGCUCACGAACGAGCAGAGAGAAGCCUGCCGGCAACUCGCUAUGACAUUCAUGGACGAACCUGUGGAUUCCAUCUUUUAUCUCAAUGUCAUUGUGCUCACAAGGAUAGCGCGGGGUGACUAUCCUAUGAAAUGGCCACAUCUAAUCCGCGAUCUCAGUCAGCUCAUCAGCAAUAGUGCAAAUGCAAGAAUAAGUUCUGGGAUUACGGAUCCCGUCAAUACGCUGGUAUUACGUCGAUCGUUGCGAGCUUUGCAUGCCAUCGUGAAGGAGUUCUGCACCACGAGGCUGCCCAAUCAGAUCAAUGCUAUGGCAGAGCUGGCAGAUACCCUGUUCCAACCGUUUAUGGAUCUCUGGAGCCAGUAUUCUUCUUACUUUCGUGAAGAGCUCCACCUGGCCAACCUCGGCAACCCGCUCUUGGCCUACGAUCUCGAGAUCGCUCAUGUUGCGUUCAAGAGCUACUCCAAGAUUCUUCUUUGGCGAUGGCAACACCCUGCUGAGGACGAAGGAUGGGGCUCAAAGCUUCACGAAGGGCUGCACCUCUGUUCGGAACAGUUUCAAGUCGUAUGCCACAUUCGAAUGCAAACGCUCUCUUCCCUCACGGAGAUCAACCCACCCAUUCUUUCCGGUAUCAACAACACAGCCUGCAAUGAUGCGGCAAUAGCGCAUACACUCACCCUGCUUGCUCGCCAUGUUAUGGUCUUCGGCAAGAUCUUUCGCCGCCUGUGUCAGCUCAACCGAGAUAAUUUUGUUUUUCACCCGUCUAUACCUCAUCUUAUCACUUUCUACUGGAAUCUCGUCACUGAUGCAGCUCAACUUCCAACUGUAAUCGAUUCGCAAUUUGCAUUAUAUCCCAUUCGCCUCGUUAUUCAAGCACUAUUCCUGUUCCGCGAAUUCAUGAAAGACUGGUCUUUAUUGGCUAAACGCAAGAAAGUUGAAAAUCUACAGGAGCUAUUAGCCUCCCCAGAUGCGCACAUCUCUACUGAAUUAAGAGAGAUUCUCGGAUCUGCUCAUGUGCUGAGAUCUAUCGACUUAAUCAUCAGUCGGCUCAUACCUCUUCGAAGUGAGGACCUGCAGAAAUGGGAAAGUGAACCAGAAGAAUGGUUUGUAGCCCAAGAAGGCGAAUCCGAACAGUGGGAAUAUGAACUGCGAGGGAGUGCCGAGCGUGUGCUCAUGAUCUUUGUUUCCAAUUUCACCGAUGUUGCCAAACCCGAACUGUUGGGCCUGUAUCAGCAAGUUGUUGGUAACCACGAAACGAACCUACAAACGAACCUCCAUAAGGAAGCCGUGUAUUGCGCCGUCAAUCGCGCCGUCCAUCAGCUCAAGGGCAGUCUCAACUAUGACGAGAUGAUCGGAAGCCACUUCGCUGCUGAUAUUCAGAUGACAGACCCUGUGUACAGCGUAGUCAAGCGUGCCAUCGCCAGCAUCAUUGGCAAAUGGGUACACGAGGAAGCUAUGCCUGGCCCAACACCUGUCGUCUGGCAAAUACUUCUUCAACUCUUGCAGGAUCAGUCCGCAUCUAUUAUUGUGCGGCUGACUGCCGCGGAUGCCAUUAGGCAAUGCACGGAUACUCUUGGCUAUAACAAAGAACUCUUUUCCCCGUACCUACGGAACGUCCUUGCUGGCCUCGUGAACUUGUUCAACGAUUGCGAGAACAUGGAGAGCAAGCGCUGUGCGACAAAGGCUCUGGCUAUCGUAAUCGAAAGCGCCGAUGAUCUGAUCAUGAAUUACGCCAAGGACCUUUGUGAUACUAUUCCCUCCAUGUGGGCGAAGGCAGAUGAACAGCAGAACAGCUUGUUGAAAGCUGAUUUGAUCACGAUCGCCACGAAGCUUGUCGGAGCGACCAAAACAAAUUCAAUAUUCCUUUGGCCUAUCGUCAUUCCCCUCGUGAAGAUGGGUUUCCAGGCUGAGGUUGCUCUUCAGCUCGACGACGACGCUCUUGACCUUUGGGUUCACGCUGUGAGAUGGACCACUUCUCUCUCAAACGCACAAGGCUCGUCGCCAAAUCUGAUGGAACUCCUUCCCCUGCUCCUUGAUCUGCUCCGGAAUAACACAGACGUGCUCGGACGAGUCCUGGAGGUGCUAGAUGGAUACUUUCUGGUAGAUGGAUACUUUCUGGUAGAUGGAUACUUUCUGGUAGAUGCACCUCGCAUCCUUCAGGCGAAUGCCACUGGCGUUAUCGAAGGUUUUGAUAUCGUAUCGAAGAUGGCGCCCGUGUCAAAUGUCAAGCAGAUGAUGGCCUCGGCCCAAAUAAUGAUUCGCAUGAGUCCUCCCGAGGUAUGGGCUGGACCCCUUCACACAACUGGCUUUUUCUGGAACAUCCUAGAAGAUUUCCUGGCCAGCAAGGUAGAGGCAAAAAGUAUCAUUAUACAUCAGUAUCUGUUUUUCUUUGCUCGUCUCGCGCUUACCAACACGAAAGCAUUCGAGAUGCUCAUAGAGGCUUCUGCGAAUGAACAUAGUCUGUCUUUGGAGCAGCUUUACAAUGAUGUGUUGCAUCAAUGGUGGGAAAAGUUUGAUUCUGUGUCGGAGCCAAACAAUCGCAAACUUCUCGCCAUGGGCAUCGCAUGCCUAGUCGCUACAGGGCAGCCUGUGGUUUUGAGUCGCCUGACUGGCGACAUAUUUGAUAUUUGGCUAAGUGUGCUUGGAGAGCUAGAGGAAGCUUGGAAGAAUGACGAACUGGAUAUGCAACAUCCUCUUUACAUGACGGAAGACAGCAAAGAGUGGGCAUGUGUUACAGUACCAGACAGCUGCAAAGGAACCCUGGAACAGGGGAGGCGUGAUCAAUUGAAUGCUGCCGAUCCGGUGACAACCCAAAGGCUUGGUCCCUUCAUCAAAGAACAGCUCGAUCUUGCCGCUCAUGCGUGUCCUGGUGGACCUAGCGAGUUUCAGAGCCAGUACAUCUCCAACGCCAAUCCGUUGGUCACGAAGCAACUCUAUAAAUAUCUGGGAAUAAUAGGCUAAGUCAGCGGAACUUUCUGCAGCACAAAUGUCUGUCUGGCCCUUAUCCUCAACAUAUUGCU